UACUAAAACUGUAUUUGUUCAUUAUUGUCUUCAGAUGACAGGAUCAAACGAGUUCAAACUAAAUCAAACUCCAGAUGAUGGUAUUUCAUCAGUGAAGUUUAGUCCAAACACAUCACAGUUUCUGCUUGUUUCAUCCUGGGACACAACUGUCCGGCUCUAUGAUGUUCCUGCCAACACCAUGAGACUCAAAUAUCAGCAUACAGGAGCUGUCCUGGACUGUGCUUUUUAUGAUCCUACCCAUGCCUGGAGUGGAGGAUUAGAUCAGCAACUGAAGAUGCAUGAUUUAAACACGGACCAAGAAAACCUUGUUGGUGCCCAUGAUGCUCCUAUCAGGUGUGUUGAGUAUUGCCCAGAAGUGAAUGUCAUGGUGACUGGAAGCUGGGAUCAAACAGUUAAACUGUGGGAUCCCAGAACUCCUUGUAACGCAGGAACCUUCUCGCAACCGGAAAAGGUCUACACGCUUUCUGUGUCUGGAGAUAGGCUAAUCGUGGGCACUGCAGGUCGGAGAGUGCUGGUGUGGGAUUUGAGGAACAUGGGUUAUGUUCAGCAGCGAAGAGAAUCAAGUCUGAAAUACCAGACCCGCUGUAUCAGAGCGUUUCCUAAUAAGCAGGGUUAUGUUUUAAGUUCUAUUGAAGGUCGUGUUGCUGUGGAAUACUUGGAUCCAAGUCCAGAAAUUCAGAAGAAGAAAUAUGCGUUCAAAUGUCACCGUUUGAAGGAAAACAACAUUGAGCAGAUUUAUCCAGUUAAUGCAAUUUCUUUCCAUAAUGUCCACAACACAUUUGCUACAGGAGGCUCCGAUGGAUUUGUAAAUAUUUGGGAUCCCUUUAAUAAAAAGCGUCUGUGUCAGUUCCAUCGGUAUCCCACAAGCAUCGCAUCGCUUGCCUUCAGCAAUGAUGGAACUACCCUUGCAAUAGCUUCUUCAUAUAUGUAUGAAAUGGAUGACAUUGAACAUCCUGAAGAUGGUAUCUAUAUUCGCCAAGUGACAGAUGCAGAAACAAAACCAAAGUGA